UCUUACAUAAUUUGUGUUGAUGUAUUUGUGUCAACUUGUAAAACAAGAAGGGGCAAUUUGGAAUUUUCUAUGAUAUUCUUCAUUCUUAUAUGAUAUAAUAUCAUAUGAGAAUAAGUGUAAUCAUUUUGUGAAUUAGACCAAUGGAGUAGUAGAAAUCAAAAUUCAUUUCAGAGCAGAUAGAAGAGAUUGAAAGGAAGAGAAAGAGAAACAGAAUCAAGCAGAACAACAAGAGAAGAGAAGGGUCAAUCAUUGUCAAAUUCACUGGAGAAUAGUAGUGGGAGUCAAAAUUCAUUUCAGAGGAGAUAGAAGAGAUUGAAAGAAAGAGGAAAAGAAAUAGAAUCAAGAAGAAGAACAACAGAAGGGCUAAUCACUGCUAAACUCACUGGAGAACAGGGUAUUGAGAUUAAUUAAUUAAUUAAUUAGUCUGUGUGUAAAUGGAGGGUGAAAAGAUUGUGUCUAUCAAAGAGUACUCAAAUGAGGAAGUUGAUGAUGAUGGAAGAAUAAAGAGAACUGGGAAUGUGUUGACGGCAACAACACACGUUAUAACAGUGGUAGUGGGAGCAGGAGUUUUGGCUCUAGCAUGGGCAAUCGCUCAACUUGGAUGGAUAGCUGGCAUAACCAUUAUGAUCACAUUUUCAUCCAUUUCCAUUUACACUUACAAUCUUAUAGCUGAUUGUUAUAGAUAUCCGGAUCCAGUUAAUGGUAAAAGAAACUACACUUACAUGCAAGCUGUGCAUGCAUACCUAGGUGGAACAAUGCACGUGUUUUGUGGAUUGAUCCAAUAUGGAAAACUUGCAGGUCUUACAGUUGGAUAUACUAUAACUUCCUCCACAAGCAUGGUAGCUAUAAAGAAAGUAAUCUGCUUCCACAAAAAUGGACAUGGAGCUUAUUGCAAGUUUUCAAAUAAUCCUUAUAUAAUUGGUUUUGGGAUUGUUCAGAUUUUCCUGUCUCAGAUCCCAAAUUUCCAUAAGUUAACAUUGAUAUCAAUUAUUGCUGCUAUUAGUUCUUUUGGAUAUGCAUUAAUCGGAAGUGGACUCUCUCUAGUCGCUGUGAUAUCAGGGAAAGGAGAACCAACAAGUUGGUCUGGAGUAAAAGUAGGACCAGGAUUAUCGAGAGAAGAAAAAGUUUGGAAGAUUUUAACUGCAUUGGGAAACAUUGCACUUGCAUGCACUUAUUCUACCGUUGUUUACGAUAUAAUGGACACGUUGAAGUCAUAUCCACCAGAAAGCAAACAAAUGAAAAAGGCAAAUGUGUUAGGGAUCAUAACAAUGACAACACUUUUUCUCCUAUGCGCUUCACUUGGUUAUGCUGCAUUUGGUGAUCAUACUCCAGGGAACAUCCUCACAGGCUUUGGAUUUUAUGAGCCCUUCUGGUUGGUUUCCUUAGGGAAUGUUUGCAUUAUAAUUCACAUGGUGGGAGCAUAUCAGGUGUUAGCUCAACCAUUAUUUCGUAUAGUUGAGAUGGGUGCUAAUAUGAAGUGGCCACGCUCGAGUUUCAUAAAUAAGGAAUACGCAAACAAAAUUUGCUCCUUUUCAUUCAACAUCAACAUGUUUCGGUUAAUUUGGAGGACGAUAUUUGUGAUAAUGGCCACGGUUAUGGCCAUGGCAAUGCCAUUUUUCAACGAGUUUCUCUCUUUGCUUGGAGCAUUUGGGUUUUGGCCACUCGUCAUCUUCUUCCCAAUACAAAUGCAUAUAUCUCAGAAACAAAUCAACAGAUUUUCAUUGAAGUGGUGUGUACUCCAAUUAUUGAGUUUUGUGUGUUUUAUGAUUUCAGCAUGUGCUGGAAUUGGCGCCAUUCAUGGAAUUUGUAAGAAUAUCACAAAAUAUAAACUCUUCAUGUAUAAACAGUAAUAUUAUUUAAAAAUUUGUCGCACAAAUAAAAUGUAACAGUGUUAUUCUAAGAUAUCAAAAAACUAACAAACACAUUUUCGUAUCUUCUCCAUCAAGUUAUUGUGAUAGAUAUAGAGAAAAUUCACUACAACAAAAUUGU